CGCUUAUUACAUGCCACCGACCCACGACCCAAGCUCUCUAGCUCGUGGCUACAACUGUACAUACGUAUCGUCAUCUCGGCAUCUUUCUUGGACGGCCACCUAUCUCGGUCGAACCCGUGUAGCCUCUUAUAAUUCCUUCGAACGUCCGCCUCUUCCUUGCGACUCAUACAUCAUGGCGGACGACCAAAUCUCAUUGCCAUAUCUACUGGCCAUCCUGGUCGUCUCGGGCUUGAUAAUACGAUAUCUGUUCUUUGGAGGACCGUCGCCACCUCAGCCCACACGAUCCCCUGAAGCUUUCCUCCGGUCUAGAGAGAUUGCAGUUGAGAGAAUACAGCAAAUGUUUCCGCAGGCGGAUCGACGGAGUAUUCUAUGGGAUCUGCAGCGCAACGGAGGAAACAUCCAGAGCACGACAGAGCGAAUACUAGCAGGACGACUGGACACGCCCCCCGUGACUUUCCAACCGCCGCCUCCUCCGGGCCAGUCUGCACCGAGCAGCAGCGCAGCGACGGCGUCUCGACAGCCGGAUAAGCCAGCGCAGCCGGAUCUUAUCACCCGGUAUAACCUUGAGGACAAGUUGGAUACUGCGUCGCAGGAGGAGCAGGAUGCCAAGGGUAAGGGAUGGAGCUCGAACAGAGAUGAGAGGCAAGCUUCGCUGCAGAGGAGGAGGGAUGAGAUGAUUCUUGCAGCGCGGAGGAAGAUGGAGGCUAAGCUUGCGGCUGAGAAGGCGGUUCAGGGGAGUUGAUAGGAUAGAAAGACGCAUGACAUAGUAGAUAACAAGGUGGCCAAGCAUUGUAUUAGUUUUUGACGGUGGCAUCAUGUCGCGUGCCCUUUUGACAGAGACAAGUGUAGCUUUUUCUUUUAUUAUACUCAUAUUUAGACAAACAUGUAUUUGUAACAAUACUUGAUUAAUCAAGCUCAAGAACCUAAAGUGCUUGUAUAGCGGGU